UGGCAAAUCAUCAAUCAGCUCAGGCAACUUUCAAUUGCAAGACGCAAAUCGUAAACCCAAAAAGCAAACUUGAAAAAUGAAAAUCUUCUCGCUCGGUGGUGUCCUUACCCUGUCGGCCGUGGCCAGUGUGGCUUUGGGUGCUCCUCAAUUCGAGUCCCGCCUGCGCCGGGAUGUCUCGGAACUAGUGGAACCGGCUAAUGUGGAGUAUCUGCCGCCCUCGGUCACCGAGGCUGCUCUCCUGAAUGCUGAGCCCGUGGAGGCUGAGGUUCAAGCCGAUCCUUCUGCCGUGGAAGCCGAUCCUUCUGCCGUGGAAGCCGAUCCCGAGGGAACUGUCCUGGGUGAUGAGGGCUACGAGUACCGCACUGUGCGCCGUCUGAAGCUGCGCCACCGCAACCGCCGGGAUGUGUCCCACUUGCAGCCAGCUAGGCAGUAUCUGCCACCCAGCAAGGCCUACUUGCCGCCAGCCCAGGAGGUUCAAGCUGCUCCGGAAGCCCCAGCUGCCGCUCCACCUACCGAUGACACCGAGGAGGUGGUGUCCGCCGCCGAGCCAAAGGUGAACAGGGAGUACCUCCCUCCCACUGAAGCUGCUCCUGCUGCUGAGGAAACCACCGAGGCAGCUGCUCCCGAGGAGCCAGCCGAUGUCCGUGUGGUGGAUGUGCCCACAGUCUCCGGGCAACUGCUGCAGGAUGGUUAUCACUACCAGCAGCCGGCAGAGAUGCCCGCCGAGCUGAAGGAAGCCGCUCCGGAGUAUCUGCCCCCAGUUGGCGGCGAGGAGAUCAUAGUAGAGGGUCCAGCUGGAGGCGAGAGCGCUGUCCUGGCUAGCGAUGGCUACCAGUACCGCGCCAUCAGGCGUUACAGAUUUUAAAUUUCUCAAUUUGCCAGCGAUUUGCUAACCUUUUUUAACACCUUUUAAUUGUUGUUGUUUUUUAAUUGGUCUAAAUAAAAUGAUUUUUUGAGCAGUAAAUUAAACUGAGUUUAA